CUGAGGAAGCUGCUAACUUCACCUGCACAGACAUGGCUCCCUGCUCCACCAACUACUCCUCUAUUCACAACAUCAGGAUUUCUGAGAAGGACAACAUCAAAUUGAGAAAACCUAUUGUGGAGAAAAUGCGCAGAGAUCGCAUCAACAGCUGCAUCGAGCAGCUCAAGAUCAUUCUGGAGAAGGAGUUUCACAAGCAGGAGCCCAACUCCAAGCUGGAGAAAGCCGACAUCCUGGAGAUGACUGUGAGCUUCCUGAGGCAGCAGCUGCAGCGGGGCCUCUGUCAGAGCGACUACAACCAAGGCUACUCUCACUGCUGGAGGGACUCUGUCAGCUUCCUGUCUGCUGCAUCCAACACAGAUGUCUCUGUCACUCCUCUGCAGGGCCUCCAGCUGCAGGAGCAGCAGCUCCACCAGGCCCAGAGAGCCAGCAGCUCCUCCCCAGUCUGCUCCAUCCUCAGGACCACCUCGCUGCAGGACAGCAGCAGCAGCAGCAGAGGCCCAGUAUGGAGGCCUUGGUAGAGACUCUGACACAGACACUCUGACACCUGAGGGGACUCUCCCUCACUAUGCCUGCUCAUUCAUGGUGUUCCUGAGUGAUUCAGGUGUUUCAUCAUAUUGAUGAGAAGAUAUGUAAGAGGGAUUGUAUCCUCUUAAUCAGAAAUUCAAUCUGGAGACUGUUCACUGACCAUGUGCAACACUGCUCCGCUCGGUAAAUUGCUAUCACAGUGUCCUCAUGCUUCACAGUGAGGUUAUUAUUAUGAUGUUUUAGUGUUUUGUUCCUGUAUAUGACUAAAAAUAUAUUCAUUGCAUGAAGGUAA